GAGUUAUUCAUCAGGAUGACAGAGGAUUGCCAAACGCAGAUGUUGGAUACUACUGAGGAGAUUACCAUUGGUGGGAGCCAGGAGAAGGAAAGCCAAGAGGACAAUUCAGACCCAGAGCUGAGGUGGCUCCAAAAAUCCCAGCAACUCAAGGCCUUUUCCCUGAAGGACUACAAGCAGCUGUUUCAGGACGUGAAUCUUGGCUGCCUUGGGCCUGAUUACACCACCACAGAAAUUUCAGUGUGCGUCUUCCCACCUUAUAACCAGGACAAGAAAAUGAGACGACAGAAGCUGUAUUCAAAUGUGAUCCGUGAGCAGAACAAGAAGAUAAGUAGGAUUACCUUUCUGCCGGACGCCAAGAACCCAUUGGGCAGUGGCAACAAGGACAACAUGGUUCCCAGAAGGAAGGCCCUGGAGUAUGCCAGGUGCAUCCUGCGGCCCAAGGUGGUGCCCCUGCCUCAGCAGACCAAGACCAGAGAGCCAGAGUGGGCCCAGGAGGGCCCCAGGGGCCACACUCGCCUCCUGGAGGACUUCGACAUAUCCCAGCUGGCCACACUGGAGGCCCUGAGGAAACGGCGAGAGCAGGGUGGUGCACACCAUCUGACACUACACCGACCCAGUUACUUUACAACACACUGGAGUCACGCAACAACAGGUUUCCCCUUACAGCUGACAGGGCCAUUCAACUUUUGGGGAAAGGCAGUAUAUGGGCUAUAUAGACAAUAUGGAGGAAUAAGCAGGGAAAUAUUGCAGCAAUCGUUCAUUCAUGCUUGUGCAAAAACUGCAGUUUGGCGUGUUACAGAGUAGCCUGUCUGUAUGUGGUUGUUGACAUAAGCAUUUAUUGUAUGAAUGCAUUUUUACGACUAAUGAAGUCGUAGCUUGCUCGUUUGUUCAUAUGAUUUGAUGUACUUAAACCAUAGGUAAACAUGGUACUUAUACCAUACUGUAAUUUAUACUGUAGGCAAACAUGGUACUGUAAUCCCAAACCAAGUGUUGUUGUUUUUUGUUGAAAGUUGAUUAGGUAUUAUAUUGAUGUUUGAAUAAUAUGCAAAUGUUUGUACAUAUUUCAGAUAAAUAAUGCUCUGGCUAUUGAUAAUGAUUCCACAAUUCCUUGAAUAUCUCUCUGCUAAUAUUCCUUACAAUUGCUCAUGAGUCAUGACRUGAGUGCACAUG